UUCAAUUUCACGGUCGAUGUCACUGAAGUGUCCUCGCUCGCUCUGCGAGUGGAUGUAAAAAAUCACGUGGCUAUGUUCACACGCAGUGGCAAAGUGCAUGAUAUGGGUUCAGUACAGUUGGAUCUAUACAAACUCGUGGGAUCUGGCCCUAUCACUGAUUGGUAUUCUCUGUCACCACUGGAUGAUGCUGCUCCUGGUGACAAUCAGAGUCAAUCAUCAACCUAA